AACAACAACAACAACAACAACAUCACAAACAAGUGUCGCCGUUUCUUAAUGCAAAACAACCAUUCUGUGAUAUCUUAAGAUCCAAAGAUGACAUCGUUAACCUUGCACUUGAUAGUAAUAACGCUGCUGGCGGCGGCAGCGAUUACAGCAGCAGCAGAGGGAGCGGCCACACGUUCGCCUGUGCAGCGUGGCAGAGGAGCAGCCGGCGGCGCGUCAGCCGCAACGACGACCAGCACGCAGGCGCCAACAUUGCGCGCGCCACGCCAGCGGCGUCCGCCCACAACGCUGCCCAUCGACGAUGGCAACGGUCGCCGCGGCAGCACCACCACGCCGCUGCCGGCGACCCAACGACAGCAGCGACGUCGUUUCACCGCAACAACAACAACAACAACAGCAACGGCAACAACAACAACGACAACUGUGGCGCCAGCCUCUGCCGGCAGCUAUGUACGCACCAGCGGCAGCAGCCGUGGCAGCAUCAGAGCCGCCCGCCAGCCACGCGACACGCCAACGCCAACGCUGGGCGAGCGCGAGUCCAGCGCUGGGAGCGAUGGGAGCGCCCGCAACCAAAGGCUUCAGUCACAUCACACGUUGUCAUCGGCGUCCUCCAGCAAUCCACUCGCCGUCUUCAACGCUUCGUCGCGCAGCGGCGCCCUCAAAACGCCGCGCAUGAUCCAGCGCCUGGUGGCUGGCCACAUUCACAACGCGCAGGGCCACUCCACCUAUGAGGUGUCUGCGGUGAGCGCCAACAGCAGCAGGAGCAUUGGAAUAGCGACAACAACCCCAAGCACAACGACAACAACAACAACUGCAAAAAGCCCAAGCACAAGAACAACACGUCGCAAGGCGAGCAGCACCUAUCGCCUGGCCAGACCGUCGCCAUCGCCAUCGCCGGUGCCAGCGCCAGAGCGGGACCAGGACGAUGACGAGGCGUUGCUUAAUGAACCGGAUGACUUUGAUAACUGGGACAAUGGCAUACUGCGGUUGAGUGCCGGCUCGGGCAAGGAGGAGGCGGCGGCGGAGGCAGCCAGCGCCAAAGGCCAGAGCAAGCAGAGCAAAGAGGAUGCCAAGAAGACGCUCGCGGAUCAGGUGCGCGAUGGCAAGUACGGUCUGAUCGAGAAGGAGCUCUUUCGCCGCGUGCCCAAGCGUCCGGGCGUGCUGAGCUAUGCCCGCAACUCGGAGGUGCCACUGGACAAUGAGCGCAACUUUGGUGGGCUCAGCGAGCAGGACAUUUGGCUGGCCGAGGAUCAUUUGCUGGUCAUCAAAGGCGGCGGUCUGAAUGAGGCCGAGGGCGAUGGCGACGGCGCUGAUGCGUGGCCAGCCAUUGACGAUUACGAUGCGCCGCCACGACAGAUCAAGCUGCCAGCGCAUCCCGUGGUGCCGCCUCCAUUUCCCGUGCAGCUCGAGCCGCAUGGGCCACUGCAGCUUAUCCGAGAUAAUCAAAUCGAGGGCUUCCAUACGACAGCUGGCAAUGCAACGCUAUCCGCUGUGGGUCAGCACGCGUCCCACGGCCAAGUCCACGGAGCUGCCCACGGCCCGGGGUCGCAUCCUGCUGCCCGGACGGGAGCGAUUGCGUCGGCUAAGGCAGCUGACCCGGAGCCCAGCUACGUCUACCCGACGCCCUAUGCGCCCUGGCUGCUCUCAAACAACGAGACGCCGGCCCAUACGCCUGCCAGUCCGGCGCCCAAUGCUGUGCUAAGGACUCCGCUGCUUGGCCCCUGGAUAAUCAAUGGCCUGCACGGUAACGGCAAUGCCUCCGGACCGGGCGCCCUGCACGGCAACAUCAGCGACUUUGACGAAGACGAUCCCUCGCUGUACUAUCCGCCCGCGUACAACUUUGUGUAUAGAAGCAACUAUUCCAAUCCGGUGCCGCCGGGUCCAUUGGUUCCGGGCAUUGUGCUGCCACCGCCGCCGGAUCACUUUAGUCUGCUGGAGACGACAACGUCGACGACAACGCGACGUCCCUUCACCACUCCGACCAGCAGCACCACCACCACCACCACCAGCACCAGCAGCAGCACAACCACAACCACCACAAGCACAACCAGCACACGAGCUCCAGCAUCGCGGCUGUCGAUCAAGUACAAUUCCAUUGGUUACCUGCCGCCCGCGCCGCGUCAGCCCAACAAGUAUGUGGAGCGCGUGCCAGUGCCAGUGGCUGUGCCCAUACCCAUAUAUCCUGUCAACUAUCAGCCGACGACGCCGCGGCCACAGCCUGCCGCACAGCUGGUCUUUGUGCCCAGUUUGAGCAGCACGGAACGCAGCUUGAGCGCUGGAGAGAGGGAUAGGGAGAGGGAGAGGGGCAGGGAAAGGGAGAGGGAAAGGGGUCGUGACCGGGAUCGUGAGCAGGCACCGCUCUCGAAAUCAAAUCCGAUUUACUAUGAAUACUUUGAGGCCAAACGGCAGCCAUCCUCCCUCAAGUCCAAUGUUAUCAAUGACUUCCUGGGCACCAAGCCGCCCAAGCGGCCGCAUUACAAAUCCCCGCCGAGUCCCGUCAACGAUGUCGCCGUGGUGAGCAUCACGCCCAAGCCACGUGUCCAGCUGCACUCGGAGUACGACGCGGCUCUGGGUCAACUGAUCAGAAGCAAUCUGAUCGCGCCGCCGGCAACUGGCCGCUUCCAGCCGCCCGACUUUGACAGGCAACCCUUUCUGCCCAUGGUCAACUACAGCGCCGACGAGCACGACCAGAAUGCCUUCAAGGCAAUAGUCUAUCAGCCUCAGACCCAGCAGCAGCCCCAGCAGCAGCUACAGCUGCAGCGCCAGCGCCAAUUGCGCGUGGGCAAGCAUCAGCAGCUGCAGCUACAGCUGGAGCCAACCCUGCAGCCGGCGCAGGACCAGGACUCAUAUCUGCCGGACUCGCUGCUGUUGCAGCGUCAGCGCCAACUGCGAGUGGGCAAACAGCAGCUGCAGCUGCAGCUGCAAUCGCCUUCGCCAGCGCCUGGGCCUGGGCCUGGGCCUGGGCCUGGGCCGUACGAUAGCCAGCAGGGUGUUUAUAGCACGCCCCUGCCGCCCACCUAUCUGGAGAAUCAGCUGCAGCCACGUCCGGCCAAAUAUCAGCUGCGUCCGCCGGCACCCGCGCCGCUGCAGUUCUGGCAGCGUCCCGCAGCGCCACCGCCGCCAGUGCCACCGCCGGCGCCACAGUUCAAGCGAUUGCGGCACGGCAGCGCCAAGCAUUCGUAUCCGCCGUACUUUGUGCCCAGCUACCCGAGCGGGCCCGCACCGGAGCCCCUGUACCGCCUGCUGCCCGUGCAGCAGCACAAGCACUGGCGACAGAGCAACAAACAGCAGCAGCAGCAGCAGCAACAAAUUCAAGUGCAACCGCAGCCACAGCAACAAUAUUAUCCCGAUCGUGGCGUCAACAUUGGCCACAGCCUGGCCAGCGACAUUUUGGUGAACUACAACAGCAACAAUCAGUUCAAUCCGCAGGCGGAGCUAGUGCCCCAGGCACAAUUGGGGCCACCGCCGCUGUCCUACCAGGCGCAGAACGGCGGCCAGGCAUCGCUCUGGUCGGACAGGCCGGUGCGACAGUCGCGCGCACAGCUGCAGGAGCAGGCCUAAAGGAACAAGGCGAGGAGCACGAAACAAAACAGGAGAUAUAGGAGCCAACGACAAUCGUCGAUGUCAGUGUCAAAAUGUGAUCUUCAAGAACAGCCGUUAGCCGAGCAAAUCCCGCAAUCGAAUCCAGGCAAAUCCACAGACCACGGAGCUGCUUAGAUGAAAUAGUCAAUGUCAAUACACAAACCAUAGACGAUGCUGAAAGUGUACAGAAAUGGGAUGUUUCAAUGCUACGAAUAACCUUUGGCAAGUGCAAUUCACGCUGAAUUACUGUAAUUUCAUUCAAAUCAUUCGGUGCGUCUGCAGCCCUGGCAACGAGCCACCCUCUACUCAACUAUAAUUAUUAUGAAUACAGCUCUGGUCACAUCUGUCGUUUGUUUGUCUUUUGCAGCCCAAUCGAAUACAAGAACAAGAAUAACACACCAUUAUUUUGAUGUGGCCAAAUUGCCUGCACAAGCUAUGUAUGCUACAUAUAUAUAUACAUAUUUAUACAUACAUAUAUAAAGCAUAACUACAUGCAUACAUACAUAUACAUAUAUCGGAAUACGAAUGUAUUCAUAUUGAUAGGCUUGUGUAAAUACGUUAAGGAUACGACAUGUACGAUUUGUGUACGCCAAAUAAACGAGUAACGCGUUAUUUGGGCGCCUACACAGAACUUAGUCUUAAAGGUGGGCAACAGAACCGUUAGGGACCCGUGUUGUCUUACUUAGCAUCUAAAUUGUGCAGCAAUAUGCAUACAAAAUCAUGAAUACUGUUUUAAACUAUCCUGUUUAUAAGCUUAUCAAAUAACCAUAAUUAAAUACGUUUUUUUUUUAUUUAUAUAAUAAAAUAAGCUCAUUUCCGAAUGAUUUUCAAAACUAUAUAUGAUUGUCAGCAAAAUUCAAACGCAAAUUUGUAUAAAAGCCAUAACAAUAAGUUCACUAUAAAUUCAUUUGAAGCACAUGAGCAAAUGGCAGAGCUUCAGGUGAAACCCAAUCAAUAAAACGUACGUAUAGAAAACAAUAAUAGGCAGCAUAUACAUAUAUAUAUAUAAAUACAUAUAUUAUACAUUUUGUAUGUACAUUUUUUUUUUUUUUGUUAGCUAUAACAAAAUUGUUUACAAAUAAGCGUAGCCGAAAAACGUAUUCAUCUAAAUAAAGCAAUUACAAAUUCAUA